AUGGCUUGUUUUCCAGCGCUUCUGGCAUGGCUCCAUUGGAUGAUGAGCUGGGUGUCGCCUAGCUCCACUGAACCGGCAUCAAUUUGUUGCAAAGAUCGGGAGACAGCUACUCAAAUGAUUUCGCGGCAACUCUACGGAGAACCUCCGAUACACUCAGAAAGAAUCAAAGUUGUGAAACAUAUUGCAUUUACAAAUGGGCCACUGAAAGCGAAAGAGGCUACCAAGAUCGAAGUGAGACUGGAGAGAGUGGAUGGCUCUACACAUGUAAAGACUCUUUCAUAUGACGACAUAAGGAAAAUGGAGGGAGGUAAGGAAGCAUUGGAGAAAUUGAAACAUUCUGGCAUCCAAAUUUAA